AAAACAGUCCCCGCCUCCAAACUAUUCAAAGGAAACAAGAGAAAUUGUAGUUGGCUCCACGCUGAAGCUCCAAAUUCGAUCAGCAUCUCCCUCGGCAGGUUUCAGACUCUGUGGGAGGACACCAAGAAAGUUAUUUUUACUUUUUUCAGUUUUCAUUUUCAACAACAAUGACGUUUAGGAGGCUGAAGAAGGUGAACUCCAAUGGACCGGACAGCGGUCCCGCAUCUCAAGACGACAUUUAUUUCCCUUCGUCAAAGUCGGACAGCUGCAGGACUAUGGACACACCGAGCAACUCCUCGGAGGUUUACAACUACAAGACCCUGGCUUACUCGGGGGGGACGCUGCCCAGAAACUACAAAAAGGGUGGCGGCUUACAGAAGUGGAAACCCCUUACGCAGACGCCAGAACCACAAAGGAAGGUGGUGGUCCUGGAAAAAAAAGAAGAGGAGGCAUUUGGUUUUGAGAUUCAGACUUACGGUCUUCACCAUCAGGACCAAAACUCUGUAGAGAUGUGUACGUUUGUGUGUAAGGUCCACAAUGACAGCCCCGCUCAGCAAGCAGGACUUAAAGUUGGGGAUACCAUCGCAAGUGUGAACGAAGCCACCGUGGAGGGGUUUCGACACAAGGAAAUCGUUCAGCUCAUCAGAGCUAGUGGGAACUCGCUCAGGCUGGAGACGGUUUAUAGUGACUCAAUUCGAAAAGCUGAACUAGAGGCCCGGCUGCAGUAUCUAAAGCAAACGCUUCAUGAGAAAUGGGAUGAAUAUCGCUCACUGAUGGUGCAGGAGCAGCGCCUUGUUCAUGGUAUAGUAAUGAGUGACGCCGCCUUGUACGAGUCCCUGGAGUCAGCCGGUGUGUACGGCAGCCUCGGCGCUCCUAGCCCUGCGCUUCAGAGAGCCCUGCACUGCACAGGCAGCACCAGCAGCAGCGCCAGCUUUCUCAGCACGGCCACCGAGGAUGACCCUCUCUACCAAACCUGCAUAUAUCAGGCGGAUGGCAGCGUGGACUCUGACAGUGCAGAAAAAAAGAAAGAACAGUUACCGAAGCUGCAGCGCCUCCGGCCGACCAGCGAGUUCUUUUCAACGCCCAAGACGCAGCUGACCCGCAGCGCCAGCACUCGCAGCUACGUCAAAGGAUCUUCGUCGUCGUCGUCGUCCGUUCCGGGGGAGAAGCCGGGAGCCACGCUGCAGAGGAAGCCCAAACAGAAAAGCUUCCGCAGACGCCUCCUCAAAUUCAUCCCCGGCUUAAACCGACCACUGGAGGAGGAGGAGAGCAAACUGUGAGCGGCAAACUGUUCACAGACAGCAGAACUAAAGACUUAAAGUAAUAAUUACUGCCAAACUAAAGUGCCAAAGAAAACAGCAAGCAGCCCCAAAGAGUGAAGAAUUUAAGACCAAAGUGUAUUGGUUCUGUAAUUGCACCUCUUCCUGUUUAAAUGGGUAGACCAAUGGACGUUUAGCUACAUUCGGUAGCAUUCAGUGUUUUAUGGCUGUACAUAAGUUGUUGGUUUUUUUUUUUUGUUUGUUCUAAGUUAUUUAUUUAUUUUUGCAUGUUCAGUUUAUGUUCAGAAUGAAAGAUGUCCCAGUUUGUACUGCAUGCACAAGUUUAAUUUUGACAGCUGAAUAAAACACCAAUGAUCACUGUAAUUGCGUUGCAGAA